AUGGAUUCCCAAAGGGAUGGGAACCACACGGCAGUAAAAGGUUUCAUUUUAUUGGGCUUAACUGCUGACCCAAUCCUUCGUGUCAUACUCUUUAUGAUCAUCCUAUGUAUCUACCUGGUGACCGUAUCUGGCAAUCUUAGCACAAUCAUUCUUAUCAGAAUCUCUUCUCAGCUCCAUCAUCCUAUGUAUUUUUUCCUGAGCCACUUGGCAUUUGCUGACAUCUGCUUUUCAAGUUCUGUCACACCUAACAUGCUUGUAAAUUUCCUGGUGGAGAGAAAUACAAUCUCCUAUCACGGAUGUGGCAUCCAGCUUGGUUCAGUUGCUCUCUUUGGGACACUUGAGUGCUUUCUUCUGGCUGCCAUGGCAUAUGAUCACUUUGUAGCAAUCUACAAUCCACUGUUUUAUUCAACCAAGAUGUCCACAGGGGUUUGCGUUCAGAUCCUCAUACUGGCUUAUGUGAGUAGUUUUCUCAAUGCUUCCUCAUUUACUAUUUCCUUCUAUCUUUUACUCUUCUGUGGACCUAAUCGAGUCAAUCAUUUCUUCUGUGAUUUUGCCCCUUUAGUUGAACUCUCCUGUUCUGACAGCAGUAUCCCCUCAGUCGUGCCCUCAUUUACAGCUGGCUCCAUCAUUGUGUUUACAGUGUUUGUCAUAGCCACCUCCUACAUCUAUAUCCUCAUCACGAUACUGAAGAUGCGCUCCAAUAGAGGCCAUCACAAGGCCUUCUCUACUUGCACUGCCCACCUCACAGCUGUCACUCUAUAUUUUGGGACCAUCACAUUCGUUUAUGUGAUGCCCAAGUCCACCUUCUCAACUGACCAGAACAAAGUGGUGUCUGUGUUCUACAUGGUGGUGAUUCCCAUGCUGAACCCCAUUAUCUACAGCCUCAAGAACAAUGAGAUUAAGGGGGCUCUGAAAAGAGAGCUUGGCAGAAAAAUAUUAUCCUAG